GGACAAGAACCCACCGCAGAAUGGCGAAUGAAGAUGUCACAUCGAUGGUUCUGCACCGAUCUGCUCUGUACGUUGUUUCGGCCGAUUGGUUUAUCCGUCGGGGGCAAGGCGCAACGAGGGCGAAUAAGGGGCGGGAUGCACAGCUGACCAAACCAUAUGUGGAGCUGGGCACGCCCGAUGUUGGGGCUCUCGGAAAGCGAAUAAGCGGAGGGGCGGCUGCCACGUGAGCGGCAAGCCAAGGAACUUCAAGGCGGAAGGGUCACCGUGCGUCACAUCUGUUGCUUGAUUUUCGGUGUUGCAGGACAGCAUUGAGCCUGAAGGGCGGCGCGGCUGUGUUCGAGGAAGAGGAGGACAGCACUGCAGAGGCACGGGUGCUCAGACAAUGGAAGUAAGCCUGCCUGAGUGACUCACAGGAUCUAUACUUGUCAUGUUUCUACCGGGGCUUUGAUACAGCGAGGACAGCAGUAACCACUUGGAUGUGCCCAAGGUGGCGGCCAAGAAGCAAGGGGCUGGCGCCAGCAUCAUUUGGUGAGCUUCUGUUGAGCAGACGCAGACGCAGAUGCGACCGGCGUUGUCCUCUCCACGCAGGUCGGCGCUGAGCGACGCCAAGUCCCGCACGGUCACAUGCAAGAGCCAGGUAACCUUCAAGCACCCCCCCGACGCCACACCCCAACGCACUCAUGUCUUGUCUUGAUUGAUGAAUGCAGAAAGCCCACCACGAGGUCUACCCCAGCAUUUUUGCAGACAGAGAGGCAAUCGACCUGGAAACUACAAGGGCUCUGGUCCCCGCUCGCGCAAAAGAGCACGUCGAAUGGGAUGUCCGACGUCAUGACGAGGCACGAAGGAUGUCAAGAAGCGGCUCGGUUCCAUCCAUUCACCCGAGUGUGAGGGCUUCCAUGCUCAGCACUAUGGGCCAUCGGCAUUCACAGAGCACUGCAUAUGUCGAGAGCAUCUUGGAGAGGGUAUGACGAAGAGGGAGGCUCAUCACCUGUGUCCAUCACGCGCAUUUCCUUCCUGUAUUUGGUUGCUGCAGCGUCUUUCGUCAGCCAAACGCCGCUCGACCCUGUUGUCCAUGGCCGAGGUGCCAGUCGGAAGGCGCGACAGCAGGCGAGAGAGCUGCCUGUCGCACGAGGGCGAGACAUCCAGGCAACGGUGACCACCCAUACUCUUUCGUCUCCCUCCUUUUUCACCACCAGCAAUUGAUUUCUCCGUGUUGUUCUCUUUGUCCUUCGCCCUCUCUGCGAUAUAGCCGGUCCUUCUAUGUCUCGGCGCUCUCAUCCAAGCCAAGGUGCGCAAACGUCUUCAACCGUGGGUUUGAUGCAAGGAGCCAUGUGGCUGUCACGCUCUCUCUGUGUGCGCAGACCGCUCCCCGUGCGUCUGCCCACAUUGAAGGAAUACAUUGACCAAACACUGGGGCGGGUCACAGGGCGACAAGAAGGUACCCAUGAACGCAACAGGCAGUCCACACACAAAGUCACGUCAUGCACCUGUAUGCACACGUGUGGCAGAGAGCACGGAGGAGUCAGGGGCCGUGGCAGGCAUGCCGCCCGUCAUGACGGCAGCCCGCAGGAAUGAGUGGAUUGCGAGGAUGAACAAGAAGCUCAACGACGUCAGCCGCGACUUCAUGAAGCAGCGGUCAGCCUUCCUUGCGGAGGGCCUCCGGGACAGCCGCGGUCUGCCCAACCCCUCCCCUUCUCCCUCGGCACUGGGGGUCCUUCCCAGCCAGCCUGUCUCAUCCACUAGCUCGCCACAGGGCACACGAGCUGGAGCCUUUCUCACCGAAAUGAGAACUGGCGGCGCUGGCGGAGAAAGCCCUACGGCAGGAGGGGCUGAUGGCGAAGAGACACGGCCGAGACAAAGCGACAUGGACAUCUACAUGCGCUUCUUGGGCCUGCUGCGACAGCGAGGCACUGCCUUGGCGCCGACCGAGAAGAUAAAAAAGAUCCUGGUCGACUACGAGGCUUCGAGGGAGAGCCUCGCCAGCCACGUGGCUGAGCUCUUCACCGUCAUCGUACAGGACCGCCCAGAGGUCUACCUCAAGAAAGGGAGAAACCUGCAGAUUGUGCAACCUGAUGGUGAGACAGACACAUGUCGGAAGCGAGACAUACGUGACGUACGCGACAGUACAGUGUCUCUGACUUGCACUGCAGGCCACAUCCCCAAGGCGUACAGCCAUGCACGGCGCUUCCUCGAAAUGAUGCGCCUGAAGGCCGAGGUGGACUUGCUCCGUCAAUACAAGAGCAACGAGAGGCAAAUACAGGCAUACUUCGGCCUCCUCAAAUUCGCAUUCGAUCACAGGUCGGUAAAUUCGUCAGCGCAUGACAUGAAAGGGGAUCGGUCGACGCGACGCCCCUCGUCGCGCCUGCGUGUCUGCAGGACUGAGAUCAACUCGGCGGCCAUCUACUUACUCGACGCCUUUCACAGCCUCCUGAAUUCUGGCAAGAGGCUGACGAUGGAGAUUCUCGAGCAAAUCCUGACCUCCAUGGUGCUGACGGAGUUCACGCCCUUCACAUCCAAGCUCCUUUUGCGCACGAAUGAAGCCAUUGGGGCGACUGUCGACUUGCUGGCCGACUUCUUUAGACGCCAUUUCCGCAACCUUCCCGGCGAGAUAGCCCGACUGUUCAAGCGGGGGACGGCAAUAAGUCGGCUAGCACCGCUGAAGACUACCACCUUUAUCGACCUAACCGAUAGCAGAGGGCCAUGCUCGCCUCCCCAAAGCCCCCGGCAGCAUGUGGCGUCACCGCCACCGGGCCACGAGGACUCGCCGGCUCCCGCCCUCGCCCCCGCCCCGACGCUUGCCCCUCUGGCCGCCAGCUCACCUCCCCCGAAGCGCAGACGUCGGGUGAACCUUCUCGAUGACAGCAAGCCAAUGGGUGCCCGGAUACGUGAAAUGCCUCUCUUCUCGCCCGGGAGACCUCGCCAGCAGCUCCCAUCACAAACCGGCGGUCUAGCCGAUGAUUUGGAGACGGCAGACAAGCCGCCUUAUUACUUUAUGUCGUCUCGGCUGAAGCGGAGAUCGCCGAAUCGACAGUCGGUGAUGUUUCGCCGGCUGUCGAGCGUCAUGCGAGGGGACGACGCGGCAGUCGCCAUGGAGGGGGCGAGGCGGCUGUCCAUCAGGGGCGGCAUGCGGGACUCAAUGACGGCUCACGACAUGGCUGCCUUCACGCAAGCUGCAGACCUACGCCGAGGAACCACCCACAUCAGGCUGAGCAUUCCUGCUCUUGAUGUCCCUGCCGCUCCACAUGUCUCCGACUCGCGGCUCUCCUCACAGCGGCAGUCGAUUGUCUCCCAAACCGAGCGGAUUAGAUUGCCGCACAUUCAGAAAGGGCCACGGUGACCUGCGCAUGACAUGUAUGCGUGUGUUGGGAGAGUGGGGGUGAGGGGAUGAGGAGAAGGGUGUUGCUCUACUGUGCUCUCAGAGGUGCCAGUAUGCGUGUCCGAUUUUGCUGCGCUCCGCUGUACUGUGUGUGCUGUGCUGUGUUUCCCCUCGGCGAAUCGAUGCUCUCUUUGUUUUGCUGUGCUAGCCCUGUCAUUUACUCACUCACAGGCACAGGGGGAAGGGGUCCGUCGGUAAGCUUCUCUCACUAAACGGUGUCUGUCUGUCUGUCUGUCUGUCAUGAUAUGUAUACGUGCGUACGUAUGCACGCGUGCAUGUCAUGUACCCACUUAGCUUAGUAUGCAUCCCAUCGUACCGUCCGUUGACCCCCGGACCACUGGCUGCAUGGACUGGGGCGGGGCGGGGCGGGGCGUGUAUCGAUGCCACUCCACUUGCCUGUCUGUCUGUCUGCCUGUCUGUGGACGGUACGGUGCUGUC